UAAAUAGAAAGAGGAUUUUCAUGAAAUUCUUCUUUUUUGAGCGAAACGAAAAGUAAUAAUUUUUUAUUUUCUACUUUAGUAUCCGCAAUAUGCCAGUGAUAACCACUCCUUUCGUUCUGGAGCUUCACCCGCAUGAAGAGUUUUUCAUCUCAAGACCUGUUGAUAAUUCAGCUCAAAUCACUACCAAUAACGAUUUUUCAUCUAUAUUAAACAGUAUUAUUAUCACGGAGGAGCUUCCAGAAAGCUUUUCAGAUGGCUUGAAGCCAGGAAAAGCAAAACCACAGAAGCAAUCUAAGCUAAAUGCAGCUUCUGUGCGCAUUUCUUUAGUGGUCAAUAUGCAUCCUCGCCAUUCAGAUAUGGCAGACAUUUCAACUUCUUCUAACAUUGAAAAUUCUAAAAACAAAUCUCAUAGCAUUUCGUUCACUUUAGCGACUUAUCUCUUCAAACCCCAUUUGGAAGAGGGUGAAUUGAAAUCAAAGGCUGCUAAAGACGAGAAGAAUCCCAAAACGCUUUAUCAGGAGGUUAGCGCAGAUGGAAGUGUUGUUAAUGGAUCAUCUUUAGCGUUGGAUCUUUAUCACCUAACGUUAAAAAAAAAGCUUUUGUUUAACUCUGAUGAUACUCACGUGCGUUCGUUUAAAGUACUGGCCUCUGCCAUAGAGGGCAUGGAAGACGGAAAUUAUGAAAAUAGUGAAAUAAAUAGCGAGAAACGUUUGAAAUCCUAUCGCGGACCGAGGAGGUUUGUCGUUCGUUUAAUGGGCAUUCAACAAACUGUGCUGACGAAUGCACAAGCAACCCUUUUUUCUUCUUAGAUUUAUAAAUUCCUGUAGAAGUAAAAAGUUCUUUCAUACUAGCACAUCUGUUUAUCUAUACAUAUGUGUUUUUAUUAUUCAUGAUAUAUGUGUGUGAGGGAAAGAAGACUUGUGUAAGAAUCAUUGCCAAGAUUAAUGGAAAAUCUUCAUGUGAAUUAAAAAAAAGAAAAGUAUAUUAUCUUGUUAUGAUUACUGUUUAACCCCCCUCAAAUAAUAAUAAUUUGCAUGCAUUUCGAUUAACAAAUAGAUAUUGAUAAUAAUAAUAAAAGUGCAUAAAUAGUAAAAAA